AGAUCCACUUUAUUUUACGUAUUUUGUUUUGCAAGUUGUAAAAACUCGCACAAAUUUAAUGUAACAUGUCUUCAGCGAACACAAAAAAUAAAAUAACUGAUAUUCUCUCUUCCUUAGUGUCCACAACACCUGAAAAAUCAUCCAGUCAUGUAACAUGUAAUCCCCAGAGUAAAGAUUUAUUUUUGCAGAGAGUGAAGACUUUCACGUCAUCUAACUGGGUUGCAAAGCCAGUUGGGUUAUCUCCUUUACAUUGUGCUCAAUAUGGAUGGUGCACUGAAUACCUUGAUCAAUUGAGAUGUGUGACAUGCAAUGCUACUCUUGAUGCUGGUCUACCAGAUGAAUGGGAUGAAGCUGCAUAUAAUGAAAUUUGCAACAAAGUUCAAAACAAGUUACAAAUAGGUCAUGAAAAGUUAUGCCCAUGGCCUGAUAAUCCUUGUCCACCAUCAUUUCUGUCAUUACCUUCUUACACUUCUGAGCAAUGGUGUGCAGAAAUGAAGCUUUCUUUCGAAAGUCUUAUGACCCUGAGAGGUAAUUUACCUGAAUUAAAUGAAGAUGAAAUUGCUUCAUUGGGUGUAUUAGAUAAUAGUUCUAUUGAAACCAUGCUCAAUCAAGUUUUUAAAUGGAGCAGUGAAAAUGAUGAUGAUGCAUUGCAAGCAAAAGUAGCAUCUAUCCUUGCAAUAUGUGGUUGGUCUGUUUGCCAGCCUGUUGUAGAAGAUCCCUCCAUUAUAUGUACAAUAUGUGGUAUGGAGGCAGGUCUUUGGAAUUAUAAAUCUUUAUCCAGUCGUAUUAAUCACCAGAAGCGAUUUAAAACCUCAUUAGAAUAUACAAACUCGCAACAGUCUCUUACUGAAUUACAAGAAAAUAUGUCGACUGAUGUAUCUGUUAAAAGCGAGAAGUCUGAAACAGAGAAAUCUGACAAUAGUGGGCAGGGAAGUAUGUUGAAUGAACUUUCUCGAUUAGCAACUAGCAGUGAUUCAUUAGCACAGUCAGAUCUGUUGAGAGCUGCUGAAUCCCAAGAGUCUCUUUUAAACUUACGUGUUUCAGACAGCAAAGUUAUGGCUACAGAUGGUCUUGAACACCAUAUUGAAACAACUCAUGAAGACUUUAACCAGUUGAAAAAUCAGUUUUCGGAACCUCGAUUACCUCAAGCUACUCACCCAGAACUUAUGAAAGAGUUGUUGUUAAGCCGUGCUCCGGGCUCCAGAACCCGAUCAAGAUAUAGUGAUUCAAUAUUUAGCGAGGUUGGCUCGGAAUGUUUUGAAAAAAGGCUGGAGGAGACUUGCGAAAAAGAUAUUGAGCAUGAAAGAGCUAUUACAGAUAACCCACCCCCUAAUCAUCCAAAUUCAUCACAGCAGCAAUGGAUGAAAGAACUUCUUUUUAUUACUGCUGAUGCAUGUCACAGUGAACCUACUGAAUCGGUUAUUAGUGAAAUAGGUUCUGUAGCGUUUGACAGGAGAAUAGAAGAUAACUCUUCUUUAAAUUCACCUCGUCUACUCACUCCAGUCCAUCACGGAAUGCAUGAUUAUGAUGAGGACAGCGAGCCCUCGAGGAUAAAAAAAAUGAGAUUUCAAGUACCAGAUAUUUCAAUGUUCAGUGUUAUAGGCGAACAUCGCUUUUGGUGCCCUUGGGUUUGUUCUACUGAAAGGUUUACAGAUCACGAAACGUCACUAUCCGACUCAACUGCAUUUAUCAGUUGUAAAAAAAUUCCUGGCUGGAAAUACGUAUUAUAUCAAUUGUUACCUUAUAAUCGGCCGUCGCCAUGUUCGACACAACGCCAUGAAGCUUGGCGGUAUGUACGCUCCACGUUAACAGAAUGCAUCUCAAAUAAAAUUACGUAAAAACAAAAUUUCAAUAUUUAAUUUAAAAUUUGUAUAAAAAAGUGUUACUUGACGUUAUUUUUUAAUUAGAUUUUCAUCAGGUUC